AGAUGUGGUAAAUUGUCACGUUAGUAUUCAUACACAUUAUCGUCCAAUAAAAUAUAUUAAUUGAAAGAGCAUUUUCAUCGAUUGCCAUUAACCUUGAUUUGGAUAACUCGACAAAGCUCAGGUACAAUAAAUGUGAGCCAAAAUGUCAAGUUCCGACGAUGAAAAUGCAAGCGGUGAAACAACUACAGUAAUUGACUUGACUGUAAGUGAAAUAAGUGAAAAACGUAUUGGAUGCGCCCAUUAUAAACGACGAGCUAAGUUUGUGACGCCAUGCUGCAACAAGUUCUACAUGUGCCGCUACUGCCACGACGAGAACGAGGAGCACUACUUCAACAGGAAGUCAGUGACCGAGCUGAUAUGUACGGAGUGCGACACGAGGCAGAAAGUGCAGGCGGAGUGCGAGAGUUGUGGCGUUAGGUUUGGAAAGUACACAUGCCUGAUCUGCAACCUGUUCGAUGACGAGGACAAGAGGCAGUACCACUGCGAUGGCUGCGGUAUAUGCCGUGUUGGUGGACGGGACAGAUUCUUCCACUGCGAGCGGUGUAACAUGUGCCUGCCUGUGCAGUUGCAGAGGGUUGGACAUCGGUGCGUAGAGAACGUCUCGCGGGCAAAUUGCCCCGUGUGCCUCGAGGACAUACACACGUCGCGCAUCCCGUGCCACAUCCCGGACUGCGGGCACCUGCUGCACCGGCCCUGCUUCGAGCAGAUGCUCAAGUCGGGCCACUACGCCUGCCCCACGUGCCAGACGAGCAUGAUCGAUAUGACUAACCUAUGGAAGUAUCUAGAUUCAGAAGUAGCCGCUACGCCCAUGCCUCCAGAGUAUGCUGACUACAAAACCACUAUCCUGUGCAAGGAUUGUCAUAAGCUUUCAACGGUGAAGUUUCACGUAGUCGGAUUGAAGUGCCAACACUGCGGCGCUUACAACACAUGCCAGACAAACGGAUUUCAUAAUCUCGAUUCCAGAGACGCGAGCGACGAGCAAGGCGACUCGUCGACGUCGACGUCAACGUCAACAUCGACGUCGACGUCAACGGCGCCGUCCCGCAGCGCUUCGACAUCGACGUUCGGAAGAGACGAACUUCCUCGAGCAAGCCCGCUCGACGAACCGCCACAAGCCUGACGGUUAACACGCUCGCGCUAUAGGCAACAGCGCGGGGACAGUUAAAAAGAGAAUUAAAAAAACAUGUUGUAAAAAUAAAUAAACUAAUCAAAAUUUUGAGUGUUAAUUUAUAGUGCCACAAACUUAUCUGACCCGGUGACGGUGUCACUAAUGUCGAUUUCUUUUUCUUUAAACAAAAUAUUCCGUAUGAAAAGUCUGUGAAAAUGUGACAUUUCAAAAUGGCGGCACGUAGUUCCAGUUUUUGCCACCGGGUCAGUUAAGUUUGUGAAAUGAUAAAAAUAUAAACAAAUCAAAAUGGCGUUCAUUCAUUUAGUUUGACACAUUGCGCGCGUUAACGUCGACGCCGCGUCGAAUUGCCGCGCGCCAGCCCGCACUAAAAAAAAUGUGUUGAAAAAAAAAAUUAACGAAUCAAAAUUUUGAGCGUAAGUAUAUUUACUGGAAAAUGAUAAAAAUAUAAACAAAUCAAAAUACCUAUAUAAAUAGUUUCAAAGUUGCAAUCAAGGUACCAUGUAUAAAUACAUACCUACGGUACCUUGAUUGCAACUAUUACAACUAUCCAUGCAAAAUGGAUAAUGUAAAUAAUGCCAUGUAAACGGUGGAUGUACGUAAUGUUAUUUACAACACAUACGAUUAUUUAAACUUUAUUGCUAUACUUAUACUCAAUUUUAAUGUUGUAAUUUUGUAGUAUGUUACUUUAAGAAAACAAGCUUAAGAAUUUAGCUAAAAUACACUUGUUAUGCUAUUUAUUAACUGCUUUAACACAAGAUUUUGCAAGCCGCGAUUUUGACUGUCAACAGUCCAUCCAUUUUUGCACAUUUUAUAACAAUUUUUGUGCUGUUCUAUCGUUCCAGCAUGAAUUUAAAACCUAGGUAUAAAUUAAUAAUUAAAAAACGGUUUUCGAUAUGUAUUAUCUCCUUCAUACAACUUUAAUUUUGAUUCUUAUUUAGCAGAACAAAAGAAGUACAUUCGGUUUAUACGUCUUUGUAUUAUAUUUAUCAUAAUAUGUAUAAUUCAACUGUAUUUUAUAACAAUUAUUAUACUUAAUAUAAUGUAAAUAUUAAACUAUAUUAUGGUACCCAUGGUCGUAUAUGAAAAUUUGUACUACAUAUUAUGUAUGUAUACUAUGUAUAAAAGCUAAUAGAAAUAUGUAAUUAAUUCUUCACUGUAUGUUAUGUUUAGGUUGUCUAAGUAUACUAAUAACUAAUGUGCGUAGAGUAACAUAAAUUCAUAAGGCUUUACAUCCUAAUUAUAAAUGAAAGCUCAAAUAAUUAUUGAGUAAGUAGAAAUGAGAAGCAUAAUCUAGGCCAUCCACACGUCUGCCGAACAACGUGACAAACAACGAACAGGGACAGUACUAUACGAAGGAAAGAGAUGUACUUAUUUCCUUCUCGCUUCUCUGUAUAGCACCGUCCCUGUGUUCGUUGUUUGUCACGUUGUUCGGCGGACGUGUGGAUGGCCUAUAAAAUAUUAAGUAUGAUGUGUUACAUUUAUAACAGUUGUAAGUACAUUACUAAAUAAAGGAUUACUUUAAGGGCUACUUUACCAAAUGCCGGGUCAUGUUAAAUAUUUUGCUUUGAAGAAUACCUCGUCAAAAUUAAUUAUAACUUGGAUUGUGAAAUAAGCCCUUUAUACAAGAAUUUUUAAGUAAUAUUACUACUUACUGUACAAAUGUAAAGUUGUACCUAACAUUAGUCUCAUAACGUAUUAAUGGUGUUGUGUAAUAAGAGAUAGUCAUAAUAAUGAAUUAUUUGAGUCCUUCUUCGAUUCCUUCUCCCUUCAGGCGUAUUGAUAACUAAUUAAUAAUAUAAUAUGUAGUUACUAUAGUUUUAAAUAAGUAAUCGUAAAGUAAAAAAAAGCUUAGUACAUAAUAUGUAUGUUUAGAUUAAAACGAAUUUACAGCCAAGCCCUAUGUAGGUAUACAGCGGAUUCUGAUUCUGAUUUUUUUAAUACAAUCAACACUGAUUCUAUCGCAUAGGUACCUACUUACGAAAUUGAGCGGGAAAUAUUUUUUGACAUUUAGUAGUUAGGUGAUGUCUAUGUCAGAAUUUAUGCGCGCGGCUGAUACAAUCGUUACUCGAUUACGAGUAAUUAAAAUAUCGAGAUCAUAAAAUUAUUUAGCUACCUAUGCUCAUUUUUAUUUAAACAUUCAACAACAUUCUGCUUUGGUAUCACUUUUGUAAGAUGCCUAACCAGAAUCAUACAAAAAUGCAAAUAAUGAUGAUG